AUGGCGAAACAAUCGAUGUCCUGCUGCGAAGAAGGAAGAAGCUGGGAGGGGAAGAAGAAGGCUGCUUUCUCAGAGACGGAGCUCGAUGCGGCUCGGCAACUCGUGCAGCUCAGUGGGAACUCGGACGAGAGUGGCGGCAACGGCAUGAAGAAAGAAGAGGAGGAGGGAACCGAAGCUUCCUCAGCCUUUCGAGAUCCAGGGUUGUUGUUCAGAGAGAACGAGGAUGAGGGUAUGGCGCGGAGGAACAAAAGGUAUCGGUCGAUCCAGCAUAUUUACAGGUCGACCAAGCCUAUCAUCGAUGUUGUCCAAGCCAAGAAGAUGAGAUGCAAUUGA